GCAUGGGCCAGCAGCAUAAAGAGGAAUACAUUGAAAUGAAAGAUGUAUUUUCGGUAAAACUGAAACGACGUCGUCUUGCUGGGCAGCAAAAAGGUGGCUUGUUAUUAGGCAUCGCAAUUUUUGUUUGUCUAAAAAAAGAAGGAAACAAACUUAAAGAUUCCAUCAUCAAUUUAAGUAACUUAAGUGAAGACCAUUGUCACUUGUGGUUGAAACACAUGAAAGAAAUUUUGAGUGGUUUUCCAAAUAGGCCAAAGUCAUUAAAAGUUUUUGUCAACCCAACUAGUCACAGAAAAGAGGCCACUCACAUUUAUUAUGAACAGGUUGCACCUCUCUUUAAGCUUGCUGACAUCAGAACGGAUGUUACAGUCACUGAAUAUGAAGGACAUGCUCUUACGUUGCUUAAGGAAUGUGACCUGACAUCAUUUCAUGGGGUGGUUUCUGUUGGUGGAGAUGGGACUGCUAGUGAGGUGGCUCAUGGUCUUUUACUCAGAGCCCAGAUGGAUGCCGGAGUGGACAUGGACAAUCAACGUCCACCAGUCAGAGCAAAGGUCCCUCUUGGAAUAAUACCAGCAGGUUCUACAAAUGCUUUGGCACACACUCUGAAUGGAAUUCAGCACACACUGACAGCAAUAUUACACAUAAUCCUGGGGCAUCUUCAGUCAGUGGACAUGUGCACUUUCCGUACUCCAAGCAAAGUACUUCGUUUUGGAUUCUCUUCUGUGUUUGGCUUUGGAUCAAGAACAUUAGCUUUCGCUGAGAAGCACCGUUGGCUGCCACCGAAUCAGCGAAAAGACUUUGCUGUAGUCAAAACACUAGCAAAUCUGAAGCCAGAAGAUUGUGAAUUGUCAUUCCUACCUAUAAAGCCCUUGGAGCAAGAUGCCCAGGAGAACGAUAGAAAGAAGAGAGAGGGACUAAAACUGGACAGCAGGGAGGAUUGGCACAAGAUCCACGGUCACUUCCUGAACGUAAGCAUAAUGGCAAUCCCUUGCCUUUGUUCAAUGGCACCAAGAGGCUUGGCACCUAAUACCAGACUUAAUGAUGGAACCCUUGCUCUUAUUGCUGUACGAAAUACUUCUCGUCCGGAAUUUGUUAAACACCUGAGAAGAUAUGCUAGUGUGAAAAACCAGUUCAGUUUUCCUUUUGUUGAAACUCACAUUGUGGAAGAAGUAAAAGUUUGUCUGAGGACUGAAAAGGAAUUCAUUCCUAGAGACAGAUUGAAUUCUGUAGAUUCUGCACAAAAGGAUACAUACCCUUGGAAUGUAGAUGGAGAUUUAAUGGAAUGGCCAUCAGAAGUUCAUGUUCGGGUACAUCCCCAGUUAAUUACUAUGUAUGGAAGGAGCGUUGAUGCCAUUGACCAUCUAAAAGGAUCAUGCAGCUGUCUUUAGAAGGAAUUUAUGAAGAGAUUAUUUGUUUCCUAGCAAAAUCAUGUUUCUGUCCAGAUAUUCUAUUGUCUGUGAUAAAAUGGUGCAGACAAAAAUCCAAGCCUGGAUGAUGUCAAUUCCAGAGGUGGAUCCUCUUCUCUUGCUAAUUUCCAGUGAGAGGGGAACAAGCUUCUAUAUCUUCAGUUUUCAACACUGUGACUGUUUAGUUGCUGCUAAUAUGAUCAAGAGUUCUCAGGGAAAUAAAAUGGAAUCAUGUAAUGCUCAGAAAAGCCUUGUGUAAGGAAAAAACAAACAUGAUUAAGGUGUUUGGAAAGUUGGAAUGUAAGGUAUUACCAAAUGAUGACAUCCUCUUAAUUAGCUUAAAUAUCUAAUAAGUGACAGAUGGGGUGAGUGUGCAAUUGCACAACAUCUUAAACAGAAAAUAGGCAAGAAAAGAGUUUCUCAGCCUUGUGCUGUGAAUCAUUUCGUGUAAAUAAUAUUGAUAUCACUUUGUAUGGAAUGGAACCUUAAAAGUGCUGUUUUUUUUAUUUAACUUUUUUGAAAUAAAGGACAUGAUUUAAUUUAAUUUUUUAUAUAUAUAGAAAGGACUGGAUCAGGAAAGGAGGAGGUGUACAAGUGUGUUUCUCCAACUGAGGUCCUGCCUACAGGGCCAGAUUGUGGUUGGAGCAAAAAGGCCACUUCCAAAUUUCAGGAGGAGGGUGUUUGUGCCCAGAUGGUGUUACUCUUGAACUCCCCUCACUUCAACUAUUGACUAUCCUGGUUGGACUCCCCCUAGUAGGGAUGCCCAAGGCAGAACAGUCAAGACUACAAUGCAUCCACGCUCCUCCUGGAUUAAUGGUCCCAUCAGCAGAAGAGAAUGGACAGUUCCAUCAGUGAUGGCGGUAGGGAAACCCCUGUAGGGCAGCUGUCAGGUGGCAGCAGUAAAAGUAGGAAACAAAGCAGAACCAAGUGUUGAAGAAUUUGACCUAGAAAUUAGAAACCAAGAAGGAGAGUUUUGUGAAGUCAACAAUCUAAAUGCAAAUACAUGCUUGAGGCAACCAGACAGAUUACUGUACACCUGGACAUCACUAGAUGGCCAAUACAGAAAUCAGAUGCACUACAGAAUUGGGAGCAAAAGACAGAGAAGCUGUAAUAUCAUAGAAACAGAGAAUAAAUCCUCAUAAAGAAUAGAUUUCCAUUACUAAAUUCAACAACCAUAAAUCAAAGGAACUGUGGAUCAAAACCAGAGACAAAAUUCCAGUACAAAAAGCAAAGGAGAGCUUAGAAGAUGACUCAGAAAAUUGUUAUUGAUGGAUGAAAAGAUAAAUAAAAAUAGGGCCAGAAUCCAGAAUGCAACUUUUCAAUGACUUGUGUAGAGACAAAAAACAAACCACAAUUAUAAUCGCUGGUGUGAAGAAAUAAGAGGGGGGAAAAAGAGAGAAAACUAAAAAUCUCUUCCAUAAAAUCCAAGAAAUCUAAGGGAAAUGUAAACCUGAUAUAGGGACCCUGAAAGAUCAACAAGAGAACAUACCCAGGAUGAAGGAAGGAGAAGGCAGAAAAUAAGGAAACACUGUACAGGAGAGGUGUGAGAAUGACAGAUUCACGAAGAGCCGUGCAAUGAAGAACCGGCCAUUUUAGAAAGUGAGGGAAAGCCACCAGGGGUGGGCAUUUCAUUUUUAAGGAGUUCCAUUCCCAUUAUCCACACGGCAGCAACUUUAGAACCACUGCAUUGCCUAUGCAAGCAAAACAAAGCUCAUGGUGUUGCAAAAAAAGACUUUUACUCAGUAUGGAGCGAGAAAUGCCUGAUACUAUGCUUUAUACGUAGAUAAUAGCAAAGCCUUUGUGAAGAUCCCAAUAUCUUGUUUUGAAAGAAAUGUGUGUGCCUCACUACUUGAUUGUCCUGAGGCAAAACUUGUAUUGUGGCCAAGAAGCUACUGUUAGACCAAAAUGUGGACACUCAAGAUAGCUUCCCAUGGGCAGUGGGGUCAGACAAAGGGUACAUGUCCUCAGCUUCCAACAUUAAAACUUCUAAAAAAUUAAUUUAACAUCUCCUCCUCCCCUUUUCUAGGUUCUGAUUCUCCCCAA